GUACUAAUCUAAACGAUGCACUCUGUGCAGGAGCGGGGACGGUUUCGGUAAUGAAAAUAAAGGAACUGAGUUGCAGACUAGUUGCCUAGUGAUUGUCGAGUGUUUGCUCGCGUUUAUAAUUUCAGUGUUAUGUCCGUGUAUUCGUGAAGGAAUUCAGGGUAUUCAUGUUCUGUACUUUAAUAUUUUUUGUGUGAUCUAGGCUAACAACACUGGCUUUCUUGUCAGCGAAGUACAUUUAUCUUCCCAGAGGGUCAUCGUCAACGGCACCCUCUGGUUCUCUGUCAUUGUUUAGAAAAUGACAGGAGAAAAGAUCCGAUCCCUACGCAAGGAUCAUAAACCGAGUAAAGAAGAGGACUUACUGGAACCUGAUGAAGAGGCUGCAACUGGGACGUUCACUUCAACCAACACUAAUAUUAAGAGCAAAGCAAGUAAAAUAUUUAGCAACCACAAGUUGGCCAAAUCACCAUCAACACAGCAGCAACAUCCGAAUCAGCAAUCGCAGAUAAAUGCAAACACUAACACACUGUCAACGGCGGAUGUUAUCGAUGAUAACAACAAAAAUCCUAUUAUCCGAACUGGUAAAGAUUUUCCAGUCCACGAAUGUGUUUUCAAAGGGGAUGUCCGACGCUUGUCCUCGCUUAUUCGAACUCAGAAUAUUGCUCAGAAAGAUAUCCAUGGAAAUACACCCCUGCACCUUGCUGUCAUGAUGGGUCACAAAGAGUGUGCCCAUCUGCUGCUGGCCCACAAUGCACCAGUGAAGGUCAAGAACGCUCAGGGGUGGAGUCCCCUCGCCGAAGCCAUCAGCUAUGGAGACCGGCAAAUGAUCACAGCGCUACUGAGGAAGCUGAAACAGCAGUCCAGGGAGAGCGUGGAGGACAAGAGGCCAAAGCUACUGAAUGCACUCAAAGAGCUGGGAGACUUUUACUUGGAGCUUCACUGGGACUUUCAAAGCUGGGUGCCUCUGCUGUCCCGAAUCCUGCCUUCUGACGCGUGUAAGAUCUACAAACAAGGCAUCAAUAUCAGGCUGGACACCACCCUCAUAGACUUCACGGAUAUGAAGUGCCAGCGUGGUGACCUUAGCUUUAUCUUCAAUGGUGACGCCAUUCCCUCAGAGUCCUUUGUGGUGCUGGAUAAUGAACAGAAGGUGUACCAGCGGAUACACCACGAGGAGUCAGAGAUGGAGACAGAGGAGGAGGUGGACAUCCUAAUGAGUAGCGAUGUUUACUCUGCCACGCUCUCCACCAAGUCUAUCACCUUCUCCAGGGCCCAGACUGGCUGGCUGUUCCGAGAGGACAAAACGGAGCGCGUGGGGAAUUUCAUGGCAGAUUUCUACUCCGUGAAUGGGCUGGUGCUGGAGUCAAGGAAGCGUCGGGAGCACUUAAGUGAGGAGGACAUCCUGAGAAACAAGGCCCUAAUGGAGAGUCUCAGCAAAGGAGGAAACCUCAUAGAGCAGAACUACGAGCCUGUGAGACGGCAGUCACUAACAGCACCUUCACUGAACACUAUCUCCUGGGAGGAAUACAUGAACGCUGAGAACGGAAAAGCGCCUCAUCUAGGAAGAGAGCUGGUAUGCAAAGAGAGCAAGAAGAACUUCAAAGCGACCAUAGCCAUGAGUGAAGACUUCCCUUUGGGCAUUGAAUCGUUAUUAAAUGUUCUGGAGGUGGUAGCACCCUUUAAGCACUUUAAUAAACUCAGAGAGUUUGUUCAAAUGAAACUCCCUCCGGGUUUCCCUGUCAAACUGGAUAUCCCUGUCUUUCCAACUAUCACGGCCACAGUAACCUUUCAGGAGUUCCGAUACGACGAGUUUGAGGAGUCAAUCUUCAGCAUUCCCAAUGAGUACAAAGAGGAUCCCAGCCGCUUUCCUGACCUUUAACCCCUUUGGCUAGGACAUUGGAAAAGGGGUCAUGAAGGGCAUUGGUAUUUCAUUUCUCGAGUUAUGGAAGAUAAGGACAAUGUGUGUAAUGUUUUAAAUGAAAGUAAAGCAAUGUAAAUCCGUACAGUAUGUCAUGUUUAUAAAGGGAUGAGGAUUAACUGAUCUCUGGUAAAUAGCACUAAACUUACUGUGGGAUGUACGUGGAGAAGAAUAAAUACAGUUCCACUCUUUAAGAAGUAGCUACAACCCAGAGCUUGGUUUUGGAGUAGCUUCACUGAACCGUUUGGAUGCACUAUAGCCAGUCAGUACUGUUCUGAGUUGGCCUGACCUGACUAGGGUAGACUUCCUCUGCGCCAUUGGAUACUUCACCGUUUGUUACUACAUCUGAAGCACAUCCACCUGAAUGCCAAGACAAACCUGUUAGGUAUUUGAAUUGUUCUGUGUGGCAUUAUAACAUUACAUAAGCAUUGUUUUCAUAUUAUAUCUUUGUAAACUAUGUAACUAACUAAUUUCAGCUGAAGGAAAUAAUGCAGGUGUACAUUCUUCAGAGUGCAAGGUGUCUGUAGAUUUUUUCUUUUCUUUUUUUUUUUUACAAAUGCCAGGCCUUUCCCUGAACAUGGUGUAAAUACCUUUUUUGGUUGUUUUUUGGUUGUCUUUUUUACUUUUUGUUUUAUAUGGAUUUAUGGAUCGCAGGAAGAGGUUGAGGUUUUAUGCAAAGGUUAGUUGAUGUGAAUGAGUUAACCCAAUUGAUAUUUUUGUACAUACAAUAUUGUGCUGGUGAAAGUCUCUCCAGUGCUUUUUUUGUGCAGACAUGUAUGAGCCAUCCAUACAAAUCAUUGUGGGGGUCUUAUAUGAUUGAACAAUGUGUCCAAGGACUGGGCUAUCUAACAAAGUUGCAGUCUUUGUAUUGUAGACGCAGAAGCGCUCUUAGUUUCAAGAACAGUUUUAUUUGAGUCCUGUUUGCUUCUGGACAUUGUACAAAUCUUGCUCUUCCUUUAAAAGGAAAUGCUUCAAGUCCAGUGAGCUGAACUAUGCCUUGCUCCAGGAAUCAAACAGGAGUUAUUUGCUGGGUGCUGUGUACAACAGGUUUCAGUUAGCUGGAGGUGAUCCAUGAAGCACCAGACGUGGUAAUAUGCUCUAACCCAUUUCAUAUUUACAUUAAUCAGUGGCUUAUUUAAGUGGCCAGUUAUGAGUAUGUCCGUACACCUCCAUCCCCACUACUGGUUAGUGGUGCAAAUGGAAGUGUGCUUUAUUAUUCCAUUUAAUGUUUCACUUUUCCUUACUGUUGCUUUUAGCUGCCAGGACCUGAUGGAAACACCUUAUGCCAGUUGUAAAGCAGAAAACCUUGUCUAAGCCUGUCACUAUUUUCAUAUGAAAAGAAAAUACUAAAUAAAAAGUUCACAUCUCAAAAUGAA